AUGCCGGCUGCCGAUAUCUCGCCUUCAACAACCAGUUUCAAGAGAGUCUCUUCCGUUCCUAGUCAUAUGAAAAUCUUUCCCGAGUCGAGCUUUUUCAAACAAAGGCGUGCGCCUGCGCUUCCUACGCCAGCUGAGGUCAGGGCCCAGAACGAAGAGUCGGAUGGUACGCACGUCACAAGCUUCGAUCGCCCGCCAUCCGUUAUAUUUUCUUCGUUAGGAUUGUUUGUCAAAUACGGUGGCGAUGUCACGAUUAUCGAGGCUCAAACACAGAAGAUGGUGUAUGAGAAAUUACAAGGCAAAGUGCCCGUGCCCGAGAUCUUUGGCUGGGCGGAGGAUGAGGAGCAGAGGUUUAUCUACAUGUCCUUGAUAGAGGGCGCGACUUUGCAAGACAGGUGGUGCGACUUGAAUGAAGAUGAGAGGCGCGCUGUUUGUGAUGAACUUAGCACCAUGGUAAAAGCCCUGCGUACUUUGGAACAAGACACUGGCAGGAGUGAUCGAUUUGUCGGUGAGUGGAACUGUACCGAUCCUGGUUUGCAAACCAUAGUAGCGGCCCCCCGCCGCACCCUAACCCUUAGAACUAUAGAGUAG